UAACGCUUCCCGGCCAUGUGACUCGAUCUCCACCACAGGCUCUCGAUCUGGUGAUGGUUUGAACUUUGAGUAGGUCCUAGGCUAAGACAGCAAGAUGUCGAGCAUAACAAGAUUAUUGCUUGUUGGGCAAUUUACAACGAAGAACUUACAAAGUGGACGGAGCUUCAUGCAUGGGACCGUUGGAGUAGAACAAUGCCCAGAGAGUUUGUUUGACAUAUAUAUCAACAAUUUGAAUUCCAUGCAAGGGGAUGUGUUGAGAAAACUCGAGGACAUGCCAUCUCGUACUACAUUUGGUGCUAAGAGGGUCGUAGUGGACAAGGUAGCACGGAAAGUAGUGGUGACUCACAAUUCGAAGAUUUUCUACAAAGUUGCAGAUUUCGAAUUUCCUGAAGAGUUGGUAGAGAACUUUCUUCAUCCUCCUGUAAUGAGUAUUUCAGAAGUGAAAGCAUCUCCGUCAAAGAAGAGGGUUAGUGUGACAGGAAAUGUGGGAGAGAUUGGUGAUGUCAGAAACGUUUCAGGCGGUAAAAGGCUCAGGACAGUAACGCUUAAUGACGGGGAUGAGGCAAUCAGACUGAGUUUGUGGGAGGAACACACUGAUAUUCCUUUUGCAGUCAAUCAACAAAUCAAGGCUGAGUGUGUGGUUAUCACCGAAUGGAAUAACACCAAACAACUAGAGUCAACACCAGCUCUCCAUGUUGAGACUGUGGCAAGAAAUGAUGAGGAUAUGACUGGGGAAAUAGUCGCUGUUACGUCUGAAGACCUGGAAGUACCGUACGAAAUGGUAUUUGUAGUUGAUGGAACUGAGUAUGAGGUCACAGUGACGGAGCAGUCGGUGAUUCAAGUAAACAUGCAGACUCUCCCUGUAAGGGGAAUACUGUCUACAAGGCAGGAGGGGAUGGUGAUGGAAUGUGUAAGGUUGAGACAGAUUAUGGAUACAGACUGAGGAAGAUAUAGAUUGAUCUUCUUUUGAGUGCUUAGUUUUAUUUAUUUCUUGAUGUUUAAGUUUAUAUUUUAUAGUUUAUAUGUAAGACUCUACCUUUAGAUGUGUAGGUAUUAGUUGAGGCAGGUACAUAGACAGUUGGGGUCAAAAGUACCAUAUAUUAAUUAUGGUAUGUUGGCAUGGGGCAAAUCAUCCAAAACUCAAAUCCACAGGCUUUUUUUUGUGCAGAAGCGGGUUAUUAGAAUAAUUUGUAAAGCAAAUUAUCGUGCACAUACAAAUCUACUUUAUUAUGAAAACAGUAUUCUAAAACUAGAAGAUCUCUAUUCAAUGCAACUUGGAAUGCUCAUGUUUAGCAUUCACUCUGGAGACCUCCCUCCUGCCCUUGCUCAAAUCUUUAGAAGAAAUAACCAAAUUCACAGCUAUAAUACUAGACAGGCUUCUGCUCUCCAUUUACCAUAUGCAAGGACAACCUUCACUUUGAAUACACUAAUGUCCACUGGCCCCAGGUUCUGGAAUUCACUUGAUACUACCAUAACAAAUGCUUCAAGUAUCUCAGUUUUUAAACGUAGACUUAAGUCAUAUUUUCUUGACAAGUAUGUCGAUGACACAUGAAUGUGUUAUCAAGCUUUAUUGUUAGUGUACUGUAGCAUAUUUAACUCUACUCUUGAUCUUUUUUUCGUUAAUUCUUGACUUUGACAUAUAACCCCCUUUAUCCCUUUUCUUUUUUCUUUUUCUUUCUCAUCUGUACAUACUACAUAUACCAUUUAUUCCUACUUGACCUCUGCAUUCAGAGAGCAAUAACUCAUUGAUGUCUCGACUUGGUGUCGGCUUGGGUUUGUCCAUAUUAGAUCAUAUUAGAUGCAACGUUGGGUAGUUGUUCUCUGAGAGUAUUUUGUAAAUAGUUUUAUAUAUUCCAUAUUUGUUGUUGUAUUCAUAAAUAAG